CUUCUGUCUUCUAUCUUAUCAUACAGUUAAGUUCAGGUUCAAAAUUAAAAUUAACUUUCAUAAAGUUUGUUAUUACAAUAUCUAUUACCUAUGUAAUUAUUAAUUAAUAUUGUAGACAAUUCAAUCAAAUUAUGAAAUUAUAAAAUAUCUGUUAUAAAUUGUGAACAAACUUUUUCUUUAUUUAUUUAGACUAGGUAUAAAUCAAGAGUCGGUUCACUGUUUGUAUAUUAUGGUGAGUACCUGCUUAGAUAACUAAUAAUUAUAAACAGUAAGUAAUGAUAUUGUUUUGUUUGCAUUGAUCAUUACACAACUAUUUUUUUUUUUUUUACAAAGUAAUAUACCUAUUACAUUUAAAUAAAAAUUGUGUAUUAUAUGUGUUAUUAUUUUAACUCUCCUCAUUAAGCUGAACUUGUGGUCAGGUAAAUAAGUUAGUAUACAAUAUAAUUUAUAAUAUUUAACAUAAAUUAAAAUACUUAAUCUCUAAAUCAUACAAAAUAUAGUUCAUAUAACAACCAAUUACCAAUAGCUUUUUUAUUAAAUGAAUCUUAUUUAAAUUAUUGAAAAUAAUUUUUUGAAAUUUAAAACGGUUUACCGUUAAAAUUGGUUGGACUUCAGUAAUCUAAGAAUUUAUCACUAUGCUCUUUCUUGCUUGCGUAACCAACAUGCAUGUCAUACAUUAUUUUCCCAUUUAUUAUCUUGUACUAAUCCUAAUUUAAAUAUUAUAAAAAAUAAUGUUAUAUAUUCAAUUUUCAAUUAGAUUUUAAAUUUUAGAAAUUUGUUUGAAAAAUAAUGUUUGACAACACCAAUAUUUUGAAUGCUUUUCAAUUUUAGAGAUUUUUUUUUAAGUACCAAUAAAAAUAACUAUCUACUUAUCAUAAUUGUUUGGUUUUGUUAAUGAAGGCUGUCACUUUACAUACAGAUGUUGGUGACAUAAAAAUUGAAGUAUUCUGUGAAGAAUGUCCAAAAACCACUGAGGUAAGCAUUAUAUAAGUAAUUCGUUAAUUCCUGAUAUUAUAUUAAUGUUGUGAUCAGAACUUCUUAGCAUUGUGUGCCAGUGACUAUUACAAUGGAUGUUUAUUUCACCGUAAUAUAAAAGGGUUUAUGGUUCAAACUGGUGAUCCAACGCACACAGGUAAAGGAGGUUCUUCAAUUUGGGGUCGUAAGUUUGAGGAUGAGUUUAAAGAAAAUUUAAAAGUAAGUACAUAUUUUAUCAGAUCUUGGGUUAUUUCCUAAGUAAUAUAUUUUUAUUCCAAUCCUAGCAUAAAGAACGAGGGAUUGUAUCCAUGGCAAAUAAUGGACCUAACACUAACAGUAGCCAGUUCUUCAUUACCUAUGCUCCGCAACCUAAUCUAGAUUUAAAAUACACAGUAUUCGGAAGGUAAUGUAUAAUUAUUUGUUGCUCUUUUUCUUUGCCUUUAUCCCAACCACACUCGUAUUAAACUUCUACCUGAUUUCCUACCUCCAUACCCUGGUUGCCCUCAUACGGGCAGUUGUCUAAAUUUCUUUUUUAAUAAUUCUAUGAAAUUAAUACUUAAGCAAAAUACUGUCUAUUUUAAAUCUUGGAAGGGAUGUAAAAGUUCAUUGUCACAAUGUAUAGUUCAUAUUUACAAUUACAAUACAAAUAUAAUUAUUGCACCCAAAAAGAGAAAUUAUUAAAAAUAAAAAGUGCAUUCAAUUUUAUAUUGUUAUUUUUUUUAUAUUAUAAUUAUUAACUUAAUAUUAAACGUCAUAACUAGAGGAGUGUACGUUGAUAGCAUCAUACAAAUUUUCCUGGAAAUUACCCACCCCUCCUCCGGCAUUAGAAAUUCCUGAGAACGAAACUGCUUUAGAUUAUGUUAUGUUUUAAUUUUUUACUAUGUAAUAGUUGCAAAUGAUAAUAUAAAGGUUAUUUUGUGUUUAGGGUCAUUGAUGGAUUUGAAGCUCUAGAAGAACUAGAAAAACUACCAGUAAAUUCAAAAAAUUUUAAGCCGUUGACAGAUGUAAAAAUUCAGUACAUUACGAUACAUGCUAAUCCUCUAGCGACAUAAAAUAAUAUUCUAUGUACGAUAUGUAUGUAAAAUCAUUUAUAACAAUUAUUUAUACAAAUGUAUAUGUUUAUUAUAAUAUAUUUUACAAAAUAACCUGAUACAAAUUGAUAUAUAAAUAUAAUCUUAUUUUU